AUGGCUUCUUCUUCCCCUCCUCGUCUACCCCACCCCUCGAAGCGUCGCAAGAAGAAGCAGGACGAAGUGGAUGAGACUGUCAGAUCUUCUGGAAAGAAGGCGCCCGUCGUAGUUUUUGCGCACGGGGCCGGGGCUCCGUCCUCAUCUGAGUGGAUGGUAAGGUAUAUUUCUGGUUAUAAUGCAGGAGGAUUUUUGCUCCGUCAGACACUAGAACAUGAGAAAAACGUGGAGUAGGUGUAGUUUAUCUGCUGUUCUCUAACUUGAUGAGUUAUUCUUGAGCGUUUUCACGUCAGACUGCGACGCUUGAUAUUCUCUCUGUUUUGAAACCCCGCCGGAGCUGGGUUCGAGUUAGACUGAGUAUUUCAAUACAUUUAGGAAUUGUAACUUUCUAGUUUGGCUUAAGUAGGGUUUCCUCUCAGGGGGAUAACGCUAUUUUCUGUAGAAGGAGAGAUAAUCAAAACGCUUACUCUUGGGUUUCACUAUACGUUUCACUAUUUGCUUGCUCAGUAAAAAUAAAAUUGGUUGCAUAAAAUGCUAAGAAAAAUCUCCGGUGACUGUCUUGUAGAUGGAAGGAAAUGCUACAAAAAGGGCUUCAUGCCGCUGAAGUAAUCGCAUUUGAUUAUCCUUGUAAGUGAGGCAACGAGAAGCACUAGAGCUCCUUUGUUCUCGUCAUUAUACUAGUAUUUUUCUAUUAUUAAAGCCUAGUUAUCAAGAUCACAGGCCGGUAAUUUCAAUUUUAUUAAACAAUAAUAGUGUUCUUCACUGCAUCUGCACUUUGAAAUCUUUUAAAACCUCGUAAGAUACUCAUGGAAUGAGCAAUACUGUCAGACAUGUCUGGUGAGAGGCGUAAAGCUCCUCCAAAGGCUGAAAAGUUGGUCGAAUGCCACUUGAGUGUCAUUAAAGCGGCUGCAGCAAGAUACCCUGGGCAUCCUCUGGUUCUGGCGGGGAAGUCCAUGGGCUCGAGGUAAGUGGAACAUUGUUCUCUGUAUUUUUAUUUAAAAAGAAACUCAAAUUAAGCAGACGAGUUCUGGGUCAAAUAUGGAUGUAUGUCGUUUAGAGACUCUGUGUAUUAGAUAGUUCUCUUGAGUAAAGUGUUGGUUGUACGAAAAUUCAUAGUGCUGCCUAACUUCAGAGAGUUCCAUGGAAGGGCAAUAUUCUUCACAUUUUUUCCUGUUAUUAUCAACUCUUUGAUCCUUUUUGUUCAGGGUGAGUUGCAUGGUAGCCAGUGGGGAAGAUAUCCAUGUUGAUGCUAUAAUUUGCUUGGGAUAUCCUCUAAAGGUUUGUUUUUUUUUUUCUCUUUAUUCAUUCACCUUCCUUCAUUCUACGUUGUCAUCUUCUACCACGCAGAAGAUGAGUUGAAACAACCAACUUUCUUAUUUUAAUUUUCUGGCUGGAUAUUUUAUGCAUGAUUAAAAUUGAGACAUCAUGAGUUUAUGCUUCAAUGCUCUAAUAUGAGUCAUUUCUCCCAUGGCUUCUAAACUUGCACCGUAAAUGAUGUUAUCGAUUCCGAUUUUUCUUUUCAUUUUUUAACUUACGAAGCUCAUUCAGUCGAUAGGCUUUAACAUUUGGAUCACCUCUACUUUGAUCUUCAAUUAAUCGGGUGAAAAAUCCGAUAAAGAGGUUUGAAAAAAAUUCGAAUAAACCAAGAGCAUUCUCCCCCUCCUUUCCUCACUGAAUUCGAAGCUCAAACGCCAUUAAUAUUCGAUGGUCCAUCUCUGGUUAUCUCCAGCUUUCUAGUCGAGAGGUCUACACGGCUUCAGCAGUUUCGUGGAAUCAUUUCUUGUCUCGUUUUUCUUGCUCUGCAAUACUAUACACCUUCAGUUCCUGGCAAGGCAUACCGUAAUCAACACUGUGUCGAUGAUAUCAACCGUUGGGAUGAGAAAAUCAUGGAUUCAAUUAAAUAAUGUCGAUAUUCAUGUUCUCAAUUUGCUUCAGGGUUCGAAUGGUGCCACUCGUGAGGAGACUUUACUGCAGCUGACGGUUCCAACAAUCUUCGUCCAGGUAGAGAGACCUUGUCCUUCCUCUACACUCUACUUAUCAUCACCCUGUGAGUGAUUCAGUGGUAAUCCUUUCUUGGCAACUGAGGAGACGAUUUAUUCAUGAAGGGUAGCAAGGAUGUCCUAUGCCCUCUUGACAAGCUGGAGGCGACUCUCAAGAAGAUGAAGGCCGUUAAUGAACUCUAUGUCAUCGAAUACGGGGAUCACUCCUUCAAGAUCGGGAAAAAACACCUGCAGGCCAGCGGGCUUAGCCAGACCGAAGCUGAAGAGAAAGCAGUUGCUGCAGUCGCAGACUUUGUCUCAAGAUCCACCCAAGAAAAGUAA